AUGCCAAUUGUCGAAUUUACCGUCAUUCCUUCAACAUUACCUGAAAUUCCUAGAAAUGAUUUGAGCACCGACCAAAAAUAUCUUUAUGAUGUGAUGAACGCUAUCAGCACUGGCGUCUUUACUUCCGAUUUGGCUAAUAUCGAACCUGGACCCCUUAGCCAUUCUAGAUGGCUUACAACAGCAAAUCGAAUUCUAAGAUUAUAUGCUACUAAAACAGACCCCCUAGAAAACUUAAUGAUAUUAGCCACAUACGUGAUGAAAGUUUAUGGUCCGAUGUGGUUCACUAUAAAGUGUAAUCCAUCAUGCAUAAAUGGAGCUAAGCACCUGUGGCAAACGAUUAGCCUGACUCGCUACUUGAGCGCGGAUUUGAAGAUAGUGUUUGAUAAGGUUCUCAUACGAAAUGGAUAUUUCGGGCACCCAGAAAAUAUUCUUAUUGCUAUGCUUGGAGAUGACAGAGAAAUCAUUCGAGAACUAGCAUGUCAACAAAUUUUGAAAGCUAGAGCAGAGAAUGAUCAAGGACUUCGAACGUUCAAAGUGCCUCCUUUAAAUUUCGAUGCUGAAGAUUAUACCGACCUCAUUAAGUGGCAAGACUGUAAAAUAACUGAGCCACCUCUGACUUACAAUUUAUCUGAUGAAUUCUUGAAAGAGAUUGUCAAAUGCGGUUUGAGAACAUGUCAGAGUAUAAAAGAUUUCCCAUGCCACACCCAAGCCGUAGAGCGCUGCAUAAAAUUGGUGACUGAAGAUUCAAGUGCAGUUUGUGGAGAAAAUAAACGAGACGGUUUCAUAAGGGCACGAUUAUUAUCACGUCAGCAAAUGCCAAAUUUUGAUACAAAAAAACAAUUUAAUAUUUAA